CGGUGCCAAGUCCGUUUCGAGCACGAAUAAGAACGGGUCAACUGUGGAAUAUCGGCCGAGUUUGAGGGGCGAGGCUAAGUGGUGUACGUCGAACACAUUCGUAAUCCGUACGAACGUCGCGAUCGUACUGCACGCGUAACGACGACGACUCGCGUAGGCCGCGUUAGGGCCCCCGUACCUGUACGUUUAUACGUGUUGCGAGCACUGCAGCCUACUACCUGGUAUACCGAGAAAAGAAGGGGCCACUGAUCACCAACGGCUAUAGCUCGGCCAUACUCUCUAGACUCCAGUCGGUGUAUCGCCGCGAAACCAGCUGGACCAGACGUACAAAUUUUAAUCAUUUGACGCGACCGAUCGGUGUGAUUCGACCGAUUGAACGGCGCUUUUUUCUUCAAAAAAUCGCCCGAUCGCGAGCGGUGCAUCGUCCUCCUGUACGACGACAAGUGCGCCGAAAAAAGGAGAGUGACUGUGGAAAUUUUUUUUUUCUUCAGUGUCGCGAGUGAUCGAAAAUCGGGAGAUGUAACGUCGAGCUCUGGGCAUGUGAUGAUAUUUGGGAGCGGUAAUUUUUCGUGGCUGCAUAGGAUCGUCCGUCUCGGCUGCAGCGGAUAAUUCUUCGAGGUCCGCCUCGAAGAGAAAACGUUUGUCCUCGAUACGAACUCGCGGCAGAGGAGGUGCGUCGGAGUGCGAGUAAUUUUUGAACGGUGGUAAAAAAAAUCGUGGAAAACUGAGGUUGAAACAGUGGGUGGAAAAAAAGGGCGAUAUCGGUCUUAUUUUUCACGUUUAUAAAUCUCAGGAAUAUCAACGGUGUACGAGGAAUUUUUAUCGCGGCGACGCAGGCCGCGCGCGCUUAUGAAAUAUUCGCGACUACCCGCAGAAACGCUUUCGCUUUGACACGGAGGUUGGGUAUUCCGGUAGCCCAGAAGCCUGGAUAGACUCUCAGGUAAACCCGCGUUGCUUAAAAACGUGGAAAACCAGUUUUUGAAUUCAACCUUUGCAGCGGUACGUCAGGCAUGGCAACUCGUCGGGCUUUAUUUAUUGCCGAAAGUCGUCGUUCCCCGUACGCUUGAAACCUCGUUCCUCGUGUUCGCUUCGCUCCCCGUAGCAUCCGACGACACCGCACGGUUUUUCGAUCCGGUUCGUCCGAUUUCGAGGCUCGGGGAAUUCGCCGGAAAAUGUAAUACCCCGCGGACGAGGCCGAGGCAGCUGUACGAUGUGAGACCGGAACCAACGCGGAGGACACAACCCCCUGUCCCGGUGCUUACGACUCUCCCUACCCCCGAUCGAAGACCGCUCUUUUGUUGCAUGGAAGGUCGUUGAGCCGCCGAUACCUCGGAAGAGGCAAAGAUAUGGACAAACGGACGAACGAACAUACGAUUAAUAAUAAUUAGAGUCCGACGUCUAAGCGUAAGGCAAACGGGGAAUUUACCCAUUAAUUAUAUAUCGCUGGUUCUUCCGUGCACGGGUCUCUCGUUGCUUCGUUGACCUUCGUACGGUGUAUCGCGAGUGAUUAUCGAGCGUACGCGUGUGCUCGGUUUUAGUGGGUGUCUUGAACCUGAGGUCGAGGACUCACUCUAUUUCGGUCCGUUGGUUGCAGAGAAGAGAGAAAAAUAAAAAAAAAAAGAAGUCGUUAUUCGGAAAAAGAAUCUACCGCGAGGCAUCGCGUGCCUCUGAAAAAAGAGUCAAGUUCCGCGGCCUGCGAGGCCACUGACUUUGCCGUCCUCUACGCGUACGUUACUUAUUACUACGGUGCAGCGAGCAACGGAGUCGGCGUCGUAGCGCCCAGCCAUUUGGAUUAUCGCUAGUUGCCGCCCGCGUAGUUUCACCUAAACUUGUGCGGAUGAGCUCUCUGCUCGCCUCCUCGUUGAAGGGGGCCCUCGGAGGACGAGAUCGCAGGUCGGACGAACGCGAGAUGAAGUUGUUUGGGUGUCGCUGGUCCUUCUGGAACUUCGCCGCUAGUCUAACAGGAACUCCGUCCACUCCAAUCAUGCCGAAUGGCGGUCCGGGGACACCGUCCUCCAAGGCAAAGGAGAAACUCAUGAUGCGGUCGAAAGUCGUGGUCGCGCUCUACCCUUUCCGAGCGAUCGAGGGAGGUGACCUGUCCCUCGAAAAGGGCGCGGAAUACGAAGUGUUGGAUGAUUCUCAAGAGCACUGGUGGAAAGUCAAAGACGAACAUGGAUCUGUCGGCUAUAUCCCGAGCAAUUAUGUGAAGGAAAAAGAACUUCUGGGUCUCCAAAAAUAUGAGUGGUACGUGGGUGACAUGUCCCGUCAGCGUGCCGAGUCUUUGCUCAAACAAGAAGAUAAGGAGGGCUGCUUUGUAGUACGCAACUCUUCAACAAAAGGACUGUACACACUGUCCUUGUAUACAAAAGUUCCACAUCCUCACGUCAAGCAUUACCACAUCAAACAAAAUUCCAGAGGGGAGUUUUAUCUCUCCGAAAAACACUGCUGCAACUCGAUUCCUGACCUUGUAAACUACCACCGACAUAACAGCGGUGGUCUUGCGAGUAGACUGAAAACAAGCCCCUGUGAUCGACCCGUUCCACCAACUGCUGGACUUAGCCACGAUAAGUGGGAAAUAGAUCACACGGAACUACAUUUAUUCGAGGAGUUGGGGUCUGGUCAGUUCGGCGUUGUGCAAAGAGGGAAGUGGCGUGGUUCGAUCGAUGUGGCUGUGAAAAUGAUGAAGGAGGGUACCAUGUCUGAAGACGAUUUCAUUGAGGAAGCUAAGGUCAUGACUAAACUACAGCAUCAAAAUCUGGUCCAAUUGUACGGCGUCUGUAGUAAGCAUAGACCAAUUUACAUCGUGACGGAAUAUAUGCGGCACGGUUCUCUUCUCAACUACCUUCGCCGUAACGAAACUUCUUUGGGAGCUAAUGUUGGCUUGUUGCUCGAUAUGUGCAUACAGGUCUGCAAAGGGAUGGCCUACCUGGAAAGGCAUAAUUACAUCCAUAGAGAUCUGGCUGCUCGUAACUGUCUUGUUGGAUCCGAACAUGUUGUCAAAGUUGCAGAUUUCGGCCUUGCUAGGUAUGUCCUUGACGAUCAAUACACAAGCAGCGGUGGCACCAAAUUCCCGAUAAAAUGGGCACCCCCCGAAGUUCUGAAUUAUACUCGCUUCAGUUCAAAAUCUGACGUAUGGGCGUACGGCGUAUUAAUGUGGGAAGUUUUUACCUGCGGGAAAAUGCCAUACGGUCGUCUAAAGAAUACCGAGGUUGUUGAACGCGUUCAACGUGGAAUCGUCUUAGAAAAGCCCAAAGCUUGCUUCAAGGAAGUUUAUGAUGUAAUGAGGAAUUGCUGGUCGCACUGUCCGGAUGCUCGACCUUCCUUCCGACUUCUGAAGGAACAGCUGAUCAACGUUUCUCAGGGCUUGCUCAAUGAUUGACUCAACCUUUUGCGGUGUAUGCGCCUGUCCUCGCCAUCAAACCAGUCUAUCCUGACCCCAAAAUCUCCAUCGCUUGGCCGAUCCCCAUCCAUAUUGCCUUCGUUAAACACUUCAUACAAUUCAGCAACGCUACCCGCUUCGCACAAAAUACGCGGACCAGCCUCGCUUCCUUCUUCAGCUGGCUCCGUUGUUCCUUUAUCGUCGUCGUCCCCAAAACUUAAGAGAGGAGGUUCAUCCUCGCCAAGUACACCUGGUCAUCUGGCUAGUCAGCCAUCAUCUAGUUCAUCAGACGUUUGCGAUAUAUGCAGUUCCUACGGUCACCCGUGGAUCGAAAUAUGCAAGGCUAUGCGUGCCACUAGGGGCAAAUGAGUAUAUUUAUUGUUUUGACCUAUUAUCUUAUGCUCACUCUCUGGGAAUAAAAUUGUAGCAUAGAUCUGUCUGAUUAUGCGGAAGUCGUGAACAAGUUUUGUUCGCUUACAGCCGAAUCGAGAACUUUGAUCCUUGCGCAAACGAAGAGCGUCUUUUUGUUUCAGUACGGACGAGCGUUUCCACACCCUCCAUACGCAAACUCCAAUUCCAAAUACUUCCCAUUUUUGAAUCAUCAAAACGGCUCAGGCACCGCCGAUAUUAGGUAAUUCCAAUUUAAGUUAUUAUUAUUAUUAUAAAUCUAUAAAUCACGAUCCAUCGGAUGGAAUUGGUGAUUCUAAUAUUGAAAUCGUAGCUCAUGAUUUGGAAAAAUGAAAGUUUCCCGAGGAAAAUUUUUAACGAGAGUAGCUAGACGUGUAAGAGUAGUUUUUUAUUGCAAUACCGUGGAUGAAAUUGAUGCGAUGGAAAAUUUGACUGGAGCAGGAUAAUAGAAACGUGCGAUACAUUACCCCGAGAGUAGCAGCUUGAUAAUAAUUAUAGAAUGGUUCCUUGUGACGCGACGAAGUGCAUGCAUUGUAAAUGUAUAUGCAUUAGUAAUAUGUCGUUUUGGAUAAAAUGUGCAAUAAUAGGGUUAAACAAUAAAUUUUAGAUAUUGGCCUUACUAAGCAACAGCUCCAGGUGCACGACCUAAAUAUAUAAAUAUCUAGCCUAAGCAUUAACGUACACAAUGACAUGCACGUACAUUAAUAAAUACCAUAAUGGGCGGCGUACGUUACACGCAUACAUAAAAUACCAUACCAAACAUUUACAUACCUAGAUAUACUAUAUUUGAAAUUCAAUGAGUUUAUAAUAUGAUGGACCCUGUGAAGACAAUAUACGCAAGUCCUUACAGCAUAAGCUAGUCGUUACUAUAAUAAUUGGAGCGAACAAUGUAACGCACUGUCUGCUCCACGUUCCCUUGCAUAUCUUUCGACGUGAGUCCCACGAGUUAGUAUGUUUGCUCGAAUACACAUAAAUUGUAUGAAUCAUAAUUAUUGUUGUUGAAGUUAUUAUACAGACGUAUAUUAAUCAGUUUAUAGUUAUGAACAUGCAGUAGUAUAAAACUGUGUGAGAAGCGUACAUUUCUAACAACAAUAGAGAAAAAAAAAAACCAUUUAGCUAAUCACCUAUACAUGUAUAAAAAUUACGAGGAUCGGUAUUUUCCUCAAUCGGAAAUGCAAUUUACUAUUUUUGAUUAUCGUUGUUUUCAACUCCAUCCAUAUACCAUGUGGAAUAAUCACAUUAUAUCUGGUAUUUGAACUCAUAUAUUUUUUACUUAGCAAUAACGCUUUGUCACUGUCUAUAAUACAUAUAGGUCACAUACGUAAUUAGUACUUUUCAUCCGUUCAAUUUUUGUCACAUGGGGCAAUGUAAUUUAUCACCGUUAUUGGGCACUCAAAUAUAUCGAUGAAAACCCUUCGUCCCCGAAUGUUUUUUAGAGACGCGUUAUCAACUUCGUUUCGUUUACAUUACACAAAUACCUAUAAUUAUACUAUGUCUUCCACUGAGAGGGAAAAGUAAAUUUUAUAUCACGAACAUCCCGUUUUAUCGAAAAUAUACAUAAUGGUAUUAAUUGGUAUGCGAAUGAAUUUUUUAAGAAGGGGACCACCUCGAAUAGACCUGUCAAUUCUCAACCCCUCUGGUAUUUCUAGACAUCAUACAAUUAGUGCGGGCACGGGCAAAAUAUUUUUGUAGCGUUGGUUCCAAGUCUCACAAAAAAAAUUAAAAAUAAAAAAUAAAAAAACCGUAGAUUGUGAAUAUAUUAUACAUACCUAUCUAUAUCUGAGUGAACGGACUCGAUUAAUACGGAAUCUCAGUUUGUAUAAAAAUUCUUCGGUACUCGAGCGAAGAAAAAAAUUAUGCUGCAUCAAAAAUUCUGAUCCACCGGUUAUAGGCAUAUUAUUACUGCAUGAAAUAUAUUCGGUACCAAUUCAAAGUGUAUUCUCUAAUUGGCACCUUGGAUAAAUGAUCGAAAUUUAAAAAAGCAACUUCUGAUGUUCAGAGUUAUAAUUCGCACCCCGUACAUUUCCGAAUACGCUAAUUAAAGGAUAGACGAGGAUACCUAACAUCAGACUUUGUCGGAUAUAGGUAGAUCUGUAGAUGAAUGAUGUAAUAUUUAUUAAUAGUAUAUCGAAGAUUUAAUCAUGCUAUUUAGUAUCAAUAGGAUCUACCAUAUUUGUUAUUGUUGGAGAAAAUCAGUUAUUAACGUACAGUAUAACGAGAUAAGAUGCAUGUCCCCUGUUGAGGCGAUUUUGUAAUGGUGUUGAGAGAUAUUGCAUACUUGGCGCAAGACUCUGUCGAGUCCCUUGAUUGUUAUUUCUUCACUCCUCAUUAUUAUUAUUUUUGAAAUGAUCAUCGUCAUCAUCAUCAUUAUUAUUAUUCUGAUUCUUAGCAUCAUUAUUAUUAUUAUUAAUCUUAUUAUUACGACCGUCAUAGUUAUCAUAAUCAUUAACAUUAUUACUCACUCAUCUGUAUUGUCAACUAAAUUUUGUAACGUAUAUAAAAAGUUGCAAAGACGUAAACAAAGAAAGAAAUGAACUGUGAAUCGAAAAUAUGAAUAAAUCAGAUUACCUAAAAAAUCAUAGCUUUGAUAGAAGUGAUUGAAUUACUUAUCCAAUGAUUGAAAUAAAUCUGACUUAGACUGUAAUUACUAAUAGAGAAUAAUCAACAGUGGGAAUUCAGGGCUGUUCCAAAUAUAAGCCCGAAAAGUUUGAAUGUUUUGUAGAAACACGAUCAUUAUUUUCCUUUGAAUUAUAAUAUCGUUGUAUGCGUGGUAUAAUAAAUUUGUAAACAAUGAGAAUUCAAUUAAGUAAUUCCUAUCAUCAACAAGCACGAUCUGCCAUGUUCGUUUUAUGUGAUAAAGUGUAGUAAAUGUACGUACAUAUACUACACAAAUACAUCUAAUAUAUCGUUUUAUGUUGACGUUUAGUCCUGCAAUUCUGUACUCAAACAUUCGGAAGAUCAUUAAUUUUGUAAAGUAAUAAAAGUGAUGAGAAAAAAUUGUCCAUGCAA